AAUACGACUCCCGGUUGAUUUAAUGCCAAGUUUCCUUUUUUUUUAUUUCGUUUUCACCUCCCCAUUCUCUUUCUCUUUGCCUUUCCCUUCUCGCCUCUGGUUUCUUGCGCUCUUCUCUGUCUCCAUUGUAUCAUAGGUCUCGGACGGAAAACCCUAGCUGUACGGACUGGAUCAGGAUGAAGCUCUUCGUGAAGACAUUGAAGGGAAGUCACUUUGAGAUUGAAGUCGAGCCUAGUGACACGGUAUCUGCUGUUAAAAAGAACAUUGAAACUAUCCAUGGCCAAGAUGUAUACCCUGCAGCACAACAGUUGUUGAUACACCAGGGGAAGGUUUUGAAGGAUGAUACCACUUUGUUGGAUAACAAGGUUGCUGAAAACAACUUUCUUGUUAUUAUGUUGACUAAGACAAAGGCCCCAGCUGGUGGUGGGACUUCAACUACUUCGAGUGCAACAGCUCAGGUGCAACCCCCGAGUUCUUCGCCCCCAAAUCCACCAACUUCAGCUCCACCAGCGCAAACUGCAGCAACACCGUCACCUCCAGUGGCUGCAGCCCCUACCACUGUUAAUCAACCAGCCACUGCCCUUCUAAGCAGUGGGGACGCAGAUGUGUAUGGUCAGGCGGCAUCAAAUCUUGUUGCUGGCAGCAAUCUAGAGCAAGCUAUCCAGCAAAUUCUUGACAUGGGUGGUGGUAGCUGGGACAGAGACACUGUUGUUCGUGCUUUACGUGCUGCUUAUAAUAAUCCUGAGAGAGCAGUUGAAUAUUUAUAUUCGGGCAUCCCUGAACAAGCUGAAGCCCCAGCACCAGUGGCUCGAUCACCUGCAAGUGGGCCAGCUGUGAAUCCUUCAGUCCAGGCCCCACAAGCAGCUCAACCUGCAGUUCCGUCAAGUGGACCAAAUGCAAAUCCAUUGGAUCUUUUCCCUCAGGGUCUUCCGAACAUGGGAGGUGCUGCUGGAGCUGGUACUCUGGAUUUUCUUCGCAACAGUCAACAGUUCCAAGCUCUUCGGGAUAUGUUUCAAGCCAAUCCUCAGAUUUUGCAGCCAAUGCUUCAAGAGCUGGGAAAACAAAAUCCUCAGCUUAUGAGACUCAUUCAAGAACACCAAGCUGACUUCCUUCGCCUUAUCAAUGAACAGCCUGCAGAGGGCGCAGAAGGGAACUUGCUUGGGCAGCUUGCUUCAGCAAUGCCACAGGCUGUGACUGUCACACCCGAGGAGCGGGAGGCCAUUGAGCGUCUGGAGGCGUUGGGGUUUGACCGGGCACUCGUGCUAGAGGUCUUCUUUGCGUGCAACAAAAAUGAGGAGCUAGCUGCAAACUAUCUCUUGGACCAUAUGAAUGAAUUUGAGGAGUGAACGAGGAAAGAUCCAAUAACUCGAGGAAUUGUAAGUCGGUUUUCCUGGUCGUUGCGUUUCUUUUCAUUCCAUUCCAUCUUGUAUUUGUGGAUAGAGAGAAAGAGAGUGCAAAGAGGUGCUUGAAUUUGUUGGAUUCGAACACAUGGUCGAGAUGUAUUGGGAAUCUGUAAUUAUAUAUAAUCGUGCACCGGACCAUUAUGCCGGUGUGCCACAUGAAUGAGGCAACGGCCGGGGUCCAUGCAUGGGAUGCUUUUGGAUCCUUCAGUCAUCUCUCUUCUCCCUUAUCAUGGGGUCCUCCAUUUUGAGGCAUACUUGUGAAUAAUUUAAGUAUCCACACCUUCAUGAUUUACUCA